UUGGCAUUAAAAAUUGAAAAUAAUUAUUCUAGUAUUUCAGUUCAUUUUUCGAGAUAAAAGGAAUAAGAAAUACAUAUACUUGUGAUCUUUGGUAUUGGAUAUACAUUAGCUGUCAGAUUUUUAUCCAGCUUUGUUUUUGUUGUGGUGAUCGUUUUUACGUGUGCGUAGAUAUUGUAUCAAAAUAGUCAAUAAAAUACGUAAGUAUUUAAAUUUUACGCAAAAGACAUUAUAUACACUUUAUUAAAAUGGAAACUAUAAUUUCUUAUCGGGUGUCACUUGACUAUUUCUUGCAAUAAACUUAUACAUUUAUACUUUUCAUUCGAAGUUAAAAGUUUUUUUUCGUCACACUAGAAUACAAUUUCUGAGCCAAAAAAAGAAUUCGGUGCUUUUAUUUCAGUUUAAAGAAUACGUUAAAUUCAAGUACGUAAAAUAUUUGUUUCACUUUUCAUUUUUGAUGACUGAGCAAAUUUAUUUUUGGAAAUCUCUUUCCUGGCUCUGUUAGCAGUUGUAAAUUUGGUUUAAAAGUAAUUAAACUAUGGAUGAGGACAGUGAAGCAUUAAAUUGGGUACUAGUUGACAAAGUUGAUUGUUUAGAACAAUCAGAAAAUUCUGUCACAACUGUACAAGAUUCAGAUCAUGAAUCUGAAACAAGUAUCAUUACGGUAAGCGAACCAUCAGACUCCUCUGAUUCUUCAGAGGAGCAGCUAGAUGUAUUGCAGAAAUUAAGCCAUGAGACUGAUCAAAAUACCAACAUAACUGACAACUCUGCUGACUCAUCUUCAGAAACACUAGACAAUGUUUCAGAAGGAACUUCUAUGCAGAAUUCUACAAAAGAAAAUGGAUAUCAACCUACUGAUGAUGACAUGUCUUCUAUUUCUACAUCUGAGUCUUCAAUGAAAUCUUGGACUUUUGUAAAUAAUAAAUCUGAACUGGAUGUCCAGACUACAAGCAAGCCCUUUUUCCUGGACUGCUCCCAGGAGCCCAUCUUAGAAAUAUCUGAUAUUGAUACUGAGAGUAUUCAUGAUUGCCAAUCAGUUGUGAAGAAAGAAGAGUCUAUAAGUAACAUGUCGAAUGCAGUUGCUGAAAGAAUACCCACUGACCAUCACUCUAAUUUUAUCCUUAAUGGAAUGUUCAUAUCAUUCCUAUUUUUGACAUGCUCAGUUUUUUUUAAAUUCUAUUUGGAUAAUAUUGAGAGUGAGUAUCAUUCUCCUCUAAAUACCAUUCUGGAUAUGCCCGAAGUUGACAAAGAUAUUAUUAAUUUUUGCAUAGAAAAAUAUAAAGAUCAUUAUUCUGAUGAAGUUAUUGAAAGGUGUUUGAGUAAAACUCUGAAGAAAAAAAAGAAAGAUAUGUUGAAGAAAUCAGAGAUCUACCUUCAAAUCAAAGAAAGAGUUUUAGAGUUAAGAGAAAGAGAACUAGUUGAAAAAGAAAAGGAAAUUCUAAAUAAGUUGAAGAAAAGAUUGUACAAUAGUAACUUGGAAACUGGAGAUUUUAAGAAAGUUUAUAAUAGCAAGGAAAGAAAUGAAGAUAUAGAUAAUAGAGUUGUCUCAUUCGGUAAUAAGAAAAAGAAAGAGAAAAUAAAGAAAAAGUUUGAAACUGAUGAUGAGUAUGACAGAUUUAAUAAUAUAGGAAAGCUAAAAAAGAAUAAAAAAAAAUUGAAUGCCUUCAAUAAGAAAGAAAAGGUUAAGAUUGGUAUUGAUGUAUGCAAGGAAGAUUAUGUUAAAAAACAUCAUGCACAAUUCAAAAACAUUGACAAAACUAGAAAUAGGGAUUAUAAAAAAGGCAAAAUAUUGACAGACAUUAAGAAUAAAAUUAAAACACAGUUUACCAAGCCUAAAAAUAAUUUUAAAAAAUCCACGUAUCAAGAUAAAGCUGAUUCAGAUGAUGAAUGGUAUAUAAAAUACAACCCUGUAAAAAACACCAUUGAAUUUAUUAAUAUUACCAUGUUGCCACACCAAGAUUCAAUUUUAAUAAGAAAUGGUAAUAAAACAAUUAAUGGGCAAUGGUACUUUAACUUGUACGGAUCUUCUAGGACAAAUUUCAGAAGCACUGAAAGAUUUUCUGAGACAAAUUGGUAUUUCAAGAGAAACCGGUUUAGAGAACAUAAAAGGGACAAGGCAAAAUGGUACUUUGACUAUAUGUCUGCCAGAGAAAAUAAUAGAUGGUUCUUUUGAAUAUUCUAUAUGUCUACAUGUUCUAUGUCAAUAAAAUAAUACAGAUAAAAAUUAUACUUAUAGUCAAUUCAAAAAAUAUUUUUGUGAAACUAAUUUAGAAAAUUAAUACCAUGUACAUUACCUACUACCUCUACUUUUUCUCAAUUAAGUAAUGUAAAAAAUAUUCUAAAUUAUUAUAUAUUUUUUAAUUCAGUGUAAAAUGUCAUGUUUUUAUCAGUUAUUAAUUUUUAGACCUAAUGUAUUCUAUUUUUUUUAAUCUUGUCUGACUAUAUGGAUCUUAAAAUCACUAUAUAUAAGUGUUUACCAUAAAUCUGUUUUUAAAGUAUUAAUUUAUAUUAUUUUUUGUUCUGAAAAAAAUCUCUCACAAUUUAUUUUAAUCACAAAAAUAGGUCAUUUCUGACAAAGUGAGUGUAAUGUUAAGUUUUUGAAUAAAAUAUUCCACUGAAAUAUUUUGUAUUGAUAUGAGAAAGGUUCCUAUAUAGAUUGAUGUCAGAAA